GACAGACUUCCGCGAAGCAUCAAAUAAUUUCCUUUAUCCAUAAUGAUCACCUAAAUUAUGUGCGUCGGAUAUAAGGAUAUUGUUUCUCUUUUGCUGUCUCUCUCUCUCUCUUCUCUCUGGCCUGCGAAAGCUAGGAGAAUAGGAGAAGGCAUAGCCAUUGCCCAUUUAUCGGGCCAAGAAAUUCGGAUUCUCUCAGAUCCGGAUAGUAUAAAAAAUCUUCCAUCUAUCCGAUCCGAAUCAGCGAUGACUAGGCGGUGCUCGCAUUGCAGCCACAACGGUCACAACUCGCGGACCUGCCCUAACCGCGGGGUCAAGCUCUUCGGGGUCCGAUUGACCGACGGGUCGAUCAGGAAAAGUGCUAGCAUGGGCAAUUUAAGCCAUUACACAGGGUCUCCCAAUCCCGCUGGGGCCCACGCAUCCGGGUCCAACAACCCCGGAUCCCCUGGAGGAGAUACACCCGACCACGGCGGAGCUGCUGACGGCUACGCUUCUGAGGAUUUCGUUCCUGGUUCUUCUUCGAGCCGUGAGCGAAAGAAAGGUGUUCCAUGGACUGAAGAGGAGCAUAGGAUGUUUCUAUUUGGCCUGCAGAAGCUUGGCAAAGGCGAUUGGCGUGGAAUUGCACGCAGUUAUGUUAUAUCAAGGACACCUACUCAGGUGGCCAGUCAUGCUCAAAAAUAUUUCAUCAGGCAAACCAAUGUUUCUAGGAGGAAAAGACGGUCCAGCCUGUUUGAUAUAGUAGCUGAUGAACCAGUUGAUACUCCAAUGGCAUCACAAGACUUCUUGACUGUCAACGAUUCUCGGGCUGAAACACAUACCGAUAAUCCUGAUCCUUUACCUGCUCCUCCUCCUUUGGAAGAAGAAUGUGAAUCAAUGGAUUCCACCAACUCCAAUGAGGGAGAAGCCGUUCCUCCAAAGCCAGAUAGCUCACAGUCCUUCUACCCAGUUAUAUACCCAGCUUAUUUUCCACCAUUCUUCCCAUUUUCAUUUCCGCUUUGGUCAGGAUGUGGUGCAGAGCCAAGUAAAAAGGAGACACAUGAGGUUUUCAAGCCAACAGCAGUACAUUCAAAAAGCCCAAUCAAUGUUGAUGAGCUGGUUGGCAUGUCAAAACUGAGUUUAGGAGAGUCAAUUGGUGAUGCUGGCCCCUCUUCUCUUUCCCUAAAAUUGGUUGAAGGAUCAUCCAGACAAUCUGCUUUCCAUGCAAAUCCGGGUUCUAAUGCUUCAAACAUGAACUCAAGCAGUAGUCCAAUCCAUGCAGUUUAAAGGCAGCUAUGGCAGAGAUGAGAUCGUAGGUUUAUCUCAGUGCUGAUGAGCUUGAGACACUACCGUUAAUACAAGACAAUAAUGUGCAGUCUGUAUUGGGUUCAUUUACAAUUCGUUUGUGGGAUCUUUUAAUAAAAUUUUCCCCCAAAGUAUUAGUAGCUUGUUUUAGUUGGUAGCUUCAGGUAGGCUGGCUGUAGCAUCUUGUCAGAAAUUAUUUGAAUCUUUAACAUCUGUAUUAAUUUUAAGUUGUAUGUUACUAUGCUGCUUCUCUCUUGA